AUCGUGCAAAGGAGGCAAUUAAAUAUACGAUUUGUCAUAGAGAGAAAAAAACACUUAAACUUGCAGGUCAUCUCCAUGUUAAAAAUGGAUGCAGAUUGCAGUGAUACUGCCAUUAUACCUAUCUUGCCUACAUGUUGUUUCAUAUGCAACUCAUCUGAGGCUGAAACAGAUGUGAACCAUUCCAUCAUUGAAGACACAGGCUCCUCACUGUCAGAGCUGGUCCAGCUGGUGCUGCCGGACAGCACAGACGAGCUGCAGCUGAUAUCGGCAGUGUGCGCCUCGUGCGUUGGCCUGUUGGCCGAGUAUGACCAGCUGCGGCUCGGCCAGGCGCGCCUCGCUGACCACGUGCGCAGCCAGUACGCCUCCAGCCAGCUGGCGCGCUCCUCGCUCGACGUCAUCAUAGAGAUGGGUGACAACCGGGUGACGGUGCCGUACGGUGUGUACCGCGAGCACCGCGCGCCUCUGCCGGCGGCCGACUCGCUCGACCUGGAGAUCCACGUGCAGGGCGGGCGGCUGUGCCACGUGUGCGACGCGAGCUUCGGCACGUUCGGCGAGCUGGCGCGCCACCUGCGCGCCGCGCACCAGCUGAGUAGCAGCGAGAUCCGCGCGUGCGGCGCCGCUUUCCGGCGCGCCGACAUGUGCCGCAAGCACGAGGCGACGCACCGCGCGCAGGUCAGCGCGCACCGCUGCGAGCUGUGUGGCAAGACGCUGUGCUACCGGCACGGCCUCAAACGUCACCUGCAGAGCCAGCACGGCCUGGCGGCUAAACACCCGGUCGUGUGCGCCGAAGUGUUCGCCGACUACGGCAAGUACCUGUUCCACUGCCGAAGCGUGCACCUGCAGGAGCCGGACGUCGGCUUCGGCUGCGAGUCGUGCGGGCGCCGCUUCGAGAAGCGCUCCGAGCUGCGGCUGCACCGCGAGACGCACCAGGACACCAGCUACUCGUGCGUCACGUGCGACAAACACUUCAAGACGCGGCUCGCCUACCAGAAGCACGCGCGCGUGCACAGCGGCGGCGGCUGGCGCUGCGAGCACUGUAACAAGGUGUUUGACACGCGGCCCAAUCUGGCCACCCACCUGCAGACGCACUCGGCGCGGCGCGCGCACGCCUGCGCCGACUGCGGCGCCACCUUCAAGUUCGGUCAGACGCUGGCACGCCACCGCGCCGUGCGCCACUCGGGCGCCACGCCGCGCUACGUGUGCGACGUUUGCGGCAAGGCGUUCGCGAGGGCGCUGCUAGCGCUCGGCUCGAACGCCGCCGACGCUGGUCCGGUCGACGUCACGUUCGAGGUCGACCUGUGA